GCCCCGGCCCCGGCGCGGCGGGCGGCGCGGCUGGAGCGGAGCGCACCGCGGCGGCGGCGCCCGGAGCCGAGCGCGGCUCCCCGCCUCGCCCCUCCCCCUCGCCUCGCGGCGGCGGCGGCCGCGGCGGCCCGGACGACUCUGAGAGCCGAGUGAAGACGCUUCCACGGGGACACCUUGCCAUGUGCCUUCCCUGAACAUCAAGGCCCAGCAGGCACCUCAUUUGUGGGCAGCAGGGCCCGGCACUGGUCUGUGGACCUCCUGCAGUUGGCAGGCUCCCCCAGUCUGGGCCUCAGCCCCACCAUGUCGAGCCUCGGCAGUGGCCCCCAGGACACUGGCGACAGCAGCAGCAAUGCCAGUGGCGGAGGUGGCAGCGGCCCAAAGGCGGGAGUGGCCGACAAGAGUGCAGCAGCGGCCGCUGCCACGCAGGCCUCGGUGGCAGACGACGCACCCCCGCCUGAGCGUCGGAACAAGAGCGGCAUCAUCAGCGAACCCCUUAACAAGAGUCUGCGCCGCUCCCGUCCUCUCUCCCACUACUCUUCUUUUGGGGGCAGUGGGGGCAGUGGCGGUGGCAGCAUGAUGGGCGGGGAGUCUGCCGAGAAGGCAGCCGCAGCCGCCGCCGCCGCCUCCCUGCUGGUCAAUGGGCACGACCUGGCGGCGGCCAUGGUUGUGGACAAAAGCAACCCUACCUCAAAGCACAAAAGUGGUGCUGUGGCCAGCCUGCUGAGCAAGGCCGAGCGAGCCACGGAGCUGGCAGCCGAGGGACAGCUGACGCUGCAGCAGUUCGCUCAGUCCACGGAGAUGCUGAAGCGCGUGGUGCAGGAGCACCUACCACUGAUGAGCGAGGCGGGCACUGGCCUGCCUGACAUGGAGGCCGUGGCAGGUGCCGAAGCCCUCAAUGGCCAGUCCGACUUCCCCUACCUGGGCGCCUUCCCCAUCAAUCCAGGCCUCUUCAUCAUGACCCCAGCGGGGGUGUUCCUGGCCGAGAGUGCACUGCACAUGGCCGGCCUGGCCGAGUACCCCAUGCAGGGAGAGCUGGCCUCCGCCAUCAGCUCGGGCAAAAAGAAGCGGAAACGCUGUGGCAUGUGUGCGCCCUGCCGGCGGCGCAUCAACUGCGAGCAAUGCAGCAGUUGUAGGAACCGAAAGACUGGCCAUCAGAUUUGCAAAUUCAGAAAAUGUGAGGAACUCAAAAAGAAGCCUUCCGCUGCUCUGGAGAAGGUGAUGCUUCCGACGGGAGCCGCCUUCCGGUGGUUUCAGUGACGGCGGCGGGAACCCAAAGCUGCCCUCUCCGUGCAAUGCCACUGCCCGCGUGGUCUCCGGCAAGGGAUGCGGGCGAAGACAAACGGAUGCACCCGUCUUUAGAACCAAAAAUAUUCUCACAGAUUUCAUUCCUGUUUUUAUAUAUAUAUUUUUUGUUGUCGUUUUAACAUCUCCACGUCCCUAGUAUAAAGAGAAAAAGAAAAAAAAAAGAUUUUAAGUGCUUUUUCGGAAGAACAACAACAACAAAGAGGUAAAGACGAAUCUAUAAAGUACCGAGACUUCCUGGGCAAAGAAUGGACAAUCAGUUUCCUUCCUGUGUCGAUGUCGAUGUUGUCUGUGCAGGAGAUGCAGUUUUUGUGUAGAGAAUGUAAAUUUUCUGUAACCUUUUGAAAUCUAGUUACUAAUAAGCACUACUGUAAUUUAGCACAGUUUAACUCCACCCUCAUUUAAACUUCCUUUGAUUCUUUCCGACCAUGAAAUAGUGCAUAGUUUGCCUGGAGAAUCCACUCACGUUUAUAACGAGAAUGUUGAUGGCGCCGUGUCAGUGCCCCUCUGUACCAGCCAUGCGUGCAGAGCUGCCCUGAGGAGCUCAGAGCGGGAGGGAGCUGCCCACCCACCCCCGGGCCCAGACCAGCCAUGCUGCACCCACAGUCCCCAGGAUGGGACACCCCCCCCACUCCAACAGUGAUGAGUUUGCAAAAAUGAAGGUUCUGUUCCUUUAUCCACUGAGAUCUGGGAAGCCCGUGUCUCUGUAUUUCCUAUCCUGGCUACUUCCCUAAGAGGAAAUAAGUCCUUUUUUUCUGGCCUUGCUGACUGAUGGCAACAGAAGAAAGGACUUCUUUGCGUGACCCCUGCCAGUGGGGGUGGGUGCCCAGGGGGCCCCCUGCGGCCUGAGCCCCCCUUGCCCAUGGCCAGCUUCCUGCUGAUGAACAUGCUGUUUGUAUUGUUUUAGGAAACCAGGCUGUUUUGUGAAUAAAACAAAUGCAUGUUUGUGUCACGAA